AUGAUGAAAAAGUUUCUGAUUUCCCUCUCAUUCUUGUUUCUCUUCCUCUUCCAUAGCAGUGCUAAAACUCUAGCUCAGUCCAGUCCAGCUCAAGCCCCAUCCGUGGCUCAAUCGCCUUCUCAAAACACGGCUCAAACCCCGGCUCAGUCACCAGCCCAAUCUGUUGUCCAAGCUCCCUCACAAGCCCCGGCAGAAAUUCCCCUUGUUCAAGCCCCGCCGCGGAAAGCCAAGCCAGCAGCCACCAAUGUCACAAAAAUUCUAGAAAAAGCCGGCAACUUUGGCGUCUUCAUCCGCAUCCUCAAAAACACACAAGUCAUCAACCAAAUUGAAAAUCAGCUCAACACCUCCAACUCCUUAACCAUUUUGGCCCCUACCAACGGUGCCUUCUCUGGUCUCAAAGCCGGAACUCUAAAUUCCCUCACCACAGAGCAAAAAGUCCAGCUUGUUCAGUACCAUAUUCUUCCAUCUUUUAUAUCACUCUCAAAUUUCCAAACUCUCAGCAACCCUGUCCGUACACAAGCUAGUAAUACUGAUGAGUACCCUCUUAACAUUAUAACUCAAGGCAAUUGGGUGAACAUAUCGACCGGUCUUGUGAACACCUCGAUUUCUGGCACAGUUUAUGCAGAUAAUCAGCUAGCUAUUUAUAAGGUGGACAGGGUGUUGCUUCCUCUUGGGAUUUUUGCACCAAAACCAAAACCAAAGGCGCCAGCGCCGGCACCAACAUUGGCAAAGCCAGCAAAAGACUCAUCAGCGUCUCCUCCUGUGGCAUUAGAUGCAUCUAGUGCGCAUGGUCUUAUUCUUACCAGUAAUGGCAUGGUGUCCUCUACAGGACUUGCUGUCAUUUUAGCAGUUUUUUCUGUUGGAUUGGUUUGA